ACUUAACAAGAUGAACAUGUAGGCCAAUGUAAUUGAGAAAAAAAAAAAAUUAAAAUAAUAAGAUUGUGUGCCUGUUAAAACGGUACCUGUCUCAACAAUAAAUCAAUGGCGUACAAAAUUUAAAUGAAACAAUGUUGACAAUUCAAUUUAGAUGAUACAUUUAUAUAUGAAAAAAACAGCUAGAGGAAGAUGCAAUAUCAAAUGAUUGUGAUGACUUGAUUCGCUUGAAUAAUAAAUGACUUGAUAAUGAGGUUUAAUAAACAAGAGUUGAUGACACUGGCAACACAGCCAUCACAAAAAUUUGAUAAAGAGGGAACUCUGUGUAUACGUGAACGUCAAGAGGGAUUUUUUCGUCGAACAGAAAGUACGAGUAAAAAACUUGAGCGCAAAAGACAAAAAGGAAUAACCCAUAAGACUCUACGAGACCUGAGUUGUGUUUCAGCCAGCACAAGCAAAGUAAGUCUUGAAAGAUGGUGCAGACUUCGAGGUAAUUUGCUGUUUUAUUUCAAAUCAAAAGAACAAUGGUCUGAGCCAACAGGAGUUAUUAUUUUAGAGCAAUGUAGCUUUAGAGUUGAUCAACUAACGAGUCAAGUGCAAUUUGGUUUUAGUAUAGUUUUUGAUGGUGGUAUUUAUCAACAAUUUGGUGCACCAACAUCUGAAGAACGUGAUAGUUGGCUUCAAGCAUUACAAUUAGCAAGUUAUGAAUUAAUGAGAAAUCAACUUUUAUCAUUACGUGAAAGAAUUGAAUUAUCAAGUGGACAUAAAAACGAUACAGAUAUACAAAUGAUACGUUUACAACGUGGUAUUAUAACAGAUCCAUCUGAAAUACCAAUAUGUGAAAUAUCAUUAUCAUGUGAUAAUUUAUUAUGUGAUGGUCAUGGACGUCCACCAAAUCCUGUAUUAGAAAUUGAUGUACAAUUAACAAAUUCAAAAACAUGGAUAAAAUAUGCAAGAACAGAAGUUAUUGAAUCAAGUAGUAAUCCUGGUUUUUUAAUAACAGUUAGUUUUCGUUCAUCUGAUGGUUUAAAUACAAAUAGUAAAAUACGUAUAACAGCAUAUGAUGUACGUGAACGUGUUAGUCAAACAGCAACACCAAUGGGUUCAGCUAAAAUUAUAUUUUCAUCAAUACAAGAUACACCACGUUUACGUAUACCACUUAAAUCAUCAAAAGAUACAACUGUUGGUUUUUUAACAAUGAAUGUAUGGAAUUUAGAAGCUGAUGAUAAAAUAAAUAGUACUGAAAGUACACCAUCACAUAAUAUAAAACUAACAACAUCAACAACAUCAACAUCAACAUCAAUAGCAACAGCAGCAACAACAGCAACUUCAACAACAACACAAAUAUUUUCACAUCGUCGUUCACAAUCAUUACCACCAAGAUUAGGUACUAAAAUAAAACUUCCACAUCAAGGUCAAUUAAAAUUAUUUUUUGCAAAUCCACAUAUACAAACAUAUAGAUUUCAUUCUGGUUUAGGUGGUGAUAUAUGUGUACAUGAAAUAAUGGCUGAAAGUAAAUUAUGUUUUAAAUUUCCACAACAAUUAUUAGAUAUAUGGAUACAAGAAGAAAAAGAAUUAUUAUUAGAAAUUGCUGGUAUGGGAGAGUUACAUGAACCAUGGCAUAAAAAACAAAUUGAAUUACUUGAUCGUCAUAUACAGCUACUUAAUUUAUAUGCAAAUGCACGUGAAAAUUUAACAACAUUAAAAGGUAGUUAUUUUAAACAAUCAUCACGUAAAAAUGAUCGUCAUUUUGAAUUUGCACCAUUGAAUUUACAUUUACAAAGAAUGUGGGUACAUAAUGAUACAUUAAAUAAAUGUGGUUUUUAUGAUUUUAUAACUGUUGGUGCAUUUACAGCACAUUCACAUAAAAAUAAAAAUGGUGGUUUAUUAAGAUUAGUACAAGCAUUAAAAGAAUCACCAAUGAAAUAUGGACAAUUAUAUCAAGGUACAUCUAAAAUAACAAUGGCAAAUGAUGCAAUACAAGCUAUUAAACAACUAAGAAGAGAUGUUGUUGAAGCUAUGAGAUCAUUAAUGAAAUUAGCUAAAGCUAAACAAACAAGUGGUAUGUUACCAAUAUGUGAUGAUAUGAUUACAAAAACACGUAUAUUAUUAAGUUUAUGGGAUCCAGAAUUAGUUGAAGAAGCAUUAGUUUUUUUAGAACAACAUAAAGUACCAAAAGUUCAAGAAAUAUCAAAAAAUAAUAGUAAUAAUAAUGAUGAUGAUGAUGGUGAUGAUGAUGGCAAUAAAGUUGAUGGUAAUGGUGCUGGUGAUGAUAAUGAUGAUGACGAUAAUAAUAAAAAAACUUUGACAUUAAAUUUUAAUACAAAUAAAUCAUUAUCACCAUUUAAAAGAAUAACACAACAGCUAAAUUUUGAUUUAAAAAGUCCUGAUUUUGAUGAUUUAAUGACACCAGAUACACCAGAAUGUGUACAAGAUAUGUGGGCCAAGGAAAGUGCAAAAUGUUCCAUUAAUAAAACAAUGGAUAAUAAUAAUUUAUUAAAAAAUAAUGAUAAUGAAAAUAAUUUUGUGAUAUUUCCAGAUGUUGAAGAUGAACCUAAACAUCAAAAUAAUUGCAAUGAUGAUAAUGUUAAUAAUAAUAUUAAUAAUAAUAGUAAUAAUAAUGAUAAUGAAGAUGAUGAAAAGGAUGAUAAUUAUAAAAUUGGUUGUGAAGUAGAUAUAAGUAAACGUUUUUUAGAUACUAAAAAAAUGUGUAAUUCACCAUCAGCAAAUUAUUAUAAACCAACUGAUGAACCAGAACCAUGGGAUUUAACACAAUUAAAUAUUGAAGCAAGUGUCAUGUGUUUAGUAUCAAAAGUAAAAUUUCUUUGUGGUAGAUGUAGUAGUCCAGCUGUACGUUUACGUAAUAAAAAUUCAUUAUUAAAAACUCAAUCACUUCGUGGAUGUAUAAUUGAUAAAAAAAUAUCAACAACAACAGCAACAACAACAACAGUACCAGUACCAGUAGAAACAGCAGCAAUAGCAACAACAACGGCAGCUUCAAUUCCAACAACAUCAAAUGUUGUUACAAUACAGCCAAAAAGUACAAUUAAAAAUGAUAUUAAAACAAAAUCAUUAGAUAAUCAAAAUUCAAAUGAUAAUAAUAAUAUAUUAAAAGCAAAUGAUAUAUGUCAAGCUGUUGAUACAAUGACACGUGUUAUUAAAAGUAAUUCAAUACCAAGAAAUAAAUUUACUGAAGGUUUAGAUUUUGCAUCAAUUGUUGAUUGGACAAAUGAAUUACGUCCAAGUAUGAAAAAAUUACGUCAAGCAAUGGAUGGUUUAUUAAAAACAGCAAGAUUAACACAUUCAGUAUUUCGUGUACAAGAAGAUGCUAAAAUAGCACAAAAAAUUUGUAAUAUACGUUAUAGAAGAGAUGUUUGUUUUAGUCAAGCAUUAACAUCAUUAGUAAGUUGUCUUAUGGCAAAAUUAUGGUGUCAAAGACCAGAUCCAAUAUUUUUAUUAAUAUUAACAACAUUAGGACCAUUAGUUAGUUUUGAAACAUUGCUCAGUUAUUAUGGUGAAGAAAUUGAUAUGUGGGGUGAUAUGGCUGUUGCUAUUGAAGAUAUGCAUACUGUUACAUUUACAUUAACAAGAUGUGGUUUAACAAAAAAUAAUAUUAAUAAUAAAUUACAUGAUCCAUUGCCAAAAGUUGUUGGUUCAAGAACUGCAUUAACUGUGAUAUUACCAGUACCAGAUGGUAUAUAUUCACUUCUUCCAAUUGCACCGUCUUCCAGACAAACAUUAUCAUUUAAUGUUACACCUGUUUUUUUUAAUAUUGGUAUUAAUGAAUAUGCAACACUUGCUGAAAGUUUAAGAAUAACAAAACCUCAAGAAAAAAGUAAUAUGGAUAAUUUUGAUAGAUUAAAUGAGUAUUAUCUUAGAUAUAAAAAACUUAAUUUAUCAACAGAGACCAAUGUUACUAGAAUAAGUGGUGGUCGUUCUCAUGUUAAUCAAAGUCUUGGUGAUUUAAUAAUUAAAUUAAAAUCAUGUGUACAAGAAAAAAUAUCAAAAAAUACAGAUAUAUUACAAAUAUCAUCACAAAUUUGUUAUAAAAUGAAAGGGCUACGUUUGACCAGUUGUAAAAGUGGCAAGGAUCGAACUGGAAUGGCAAUUACCCUUGAACAAGUCAACAUACUUGCCACCGAAUAUCACCUGUCUGAAAAUGAAUACACAAAAGCACUCGACUGCAUGAGAAGUGAAGGCUGUCGAAGAGAAAAUACUUGUAAAAAUAUUGGCGUUAGAAAGUAUGCAUUCAACAGAUUGCAAAUUUUAACAUUUCCAAAAUUAUAUCGUCCACCAACUGGCACCUAUGGCUCAUCUCAAACUUAAAUUUCUUAAGUAUUAAUUAACGAAAUAGUAAGUUUCCAAAAUAAUACAAUACUGAAUCUCUAAUAAAAUUUAAUUCAACUAGAAAUAAAUAAAUAGUAAACAAUUAAAAUAAAAAGUUGCCAAGUAAAAUAUUUAUAAAAACAAAAAAACCCCUCAACUGAUUAAUUAAUAAAUUUGCACUUUAAUUAGAUUAAAAUUUUUCAAAACUGAGAUUUUAAAUCUUCAGUAUUUAUUGCCAUUAAAAAAACCAACAAACCCAGUACCAAUUAAUACGCAAAUGAACAAAAAAAAAAACGAAUCAAUUAAUACCUCAUUAUUUACAUGAUUAUUAUUAAUUAAUUAAAUAACUUAAAAAAAAAAAAAAAACUAAUGUUAUUAGUAGUCAUAUUUUAUCGUUAUACGUUGAUGUCUAGAGAGUGAUAUGGAAAAAAAAUUAAAAUGUAUAUUGGAUGAAUUUUUGUUUUAAAAAUAAAUUACAAUAGAUGAGACCCAAAAAGCCAAUUAGCCACAUAUUCAUUAUACAACAUGUAUAUAUUUAUAUUUUUUUUUUUUUAUACUUCUAGAGAAAUUAAGUACUUUUUUAUAUAAAAAAAAAAAAAAGAAAAAACAAGAUCGCUGACCAGCUGGUGUCUGGUUUAUAUUUGUUAUCUCAUUUUAGAGAAAAGACAUACAGCAACCAUCUCAAUUCGACCGGCUGCAGCAGUCGAGUAGUGGAGAAAAAAAAAAAAAUAAAAUAAAGAUGAAGUGGCGCGUGGCUCUUUGCACACAAAUAAAGGGCCAAUGUUAUAUCCACCACAGUAUGUAAAACUCAUUGCCUCAGGAAAAAAAAAUUCAUUUUCAAACUCCCGUCACGUGCCAACAUUAAACCUCUUUUUUCCCCUCUAUUCACCCUCUGUAUCGGCAGCUGGCCUUUUUUUCUACUACUAAACAAAUCUAUCCCCUAAAAUCAACUCGAAUCAAUUCAAUUUAUUUUUAUAU